AUGUCCAAAUCACGUCGGAACGUCAGGUUUCAACACCGGGGAUCCAACGCCUCCGAAACUCGUCGGCUGAGUGUCUCGGAGGGCAGUGACGUCCCAUCCGAACCCGGUAGUCCGUCGAGAAACGGCGCUGUGGCCCAACCCGCGACAAUUCCCGAGGAGAAAUCCGAACAGCCGCAGUUGUCCGAUUACGAGAAGAAGAGGCAGACCUUCAUCACCCGCACAAUAUGGACCUUCGUGAUGAUUGCCGGGUUCUUCAUCGCCAUGUUUUCCGGCCACAUUUACAUCAUCGGCAUCAUCUCCGCCGUCCAGAUCGUUUCGUUCAAGGAAGUCAUUGCUAUUGCCAACGUUCCUAGCAAAGAGAAAAACCUCCGCUUCACCAAGUCGUUGAAUUGGUAUUUCCUGGCGACCACCAUGUACUUUUUGUACGGCGAGAGCGUCAUCUACUACUUCAAGCAUAUCCUUCUGGUUGACAAGGUGCUGCUGCCCCUCGCGACUCACCACCGCUUCAUCAGCUUUACGCUCUACGUGAUGGGAUUCGUCUUCUUCGUCGCCUCGUUGCAAAAAGGUCACUACCGCUUCCAGUUCACCCAGUUCGCGUGGACCCACAUGGCGCUGUACCUGAUCGUCGUGCAGGCGCAUUUCGUGAUGAACAAUGUUCUGGAAGGCAUGAUCUGGUUCUUCCUCCCGGCUUCUUUGGUCAUCACGAACGACAUUUUCGCCUACGUCUGUGGUAUCACUUUUGGUCGCACGCAGCUGAUUCAGCUGUCCCCCAAGAAAACGGUAGAGGGAUUCCUCGGCGCGUGGAUCUGCACCAUCAUUUUUGGUUACUUCAUGACGAACAUCUUGAUGCGCUACAAAUACUUCAUCUGCCCGGUGAACGACCUCGGUUCUAACGUGCUAACCGGCCUUGAGUGCAACCCCAACCCGGUGUUCGUGCCCCAUGCGUAUUCGCUCCCCGAAUGGACUGGUCUGAACAAGACGUUCUACAUUGAGCCGAUGCAAUUCCACAUCCUGGUGUUCGCCACGUUCGCCUCUCUCAUUGCUCCUUUCGGAGGUUUCUUUGCUUCGGGUCUCAAACGCACUUUCAAGAUCAAGGACUUUGGCGAGUCGAUUCCGGGACAUGGCGGCAUCACCGAUCGCAUGGACUGCCAGUUUAUCAUGGGAUUCUUCGCCUACAUGUACUAUCACAGCUUCAUUGCGGUUUACAAUGUUACCGUUGGGGAUAUCAUUGAGACCGCCAUUAACGGUCUCACCGUGGAACAGCAACUCGAGGUGGUUCGCGGUCUGGGCAAAUACCUGUACAACCAGGGCACUGUGUCUGAGACGAUCCUGGAGUGUCUGAAUACGGAGCUCAAGCGCCGAUGA